CCUCAACGUUCUCUCUUAACCUUUAAAAAAGAUAAAAGGAAAAGAAAAAAACAAAAAUUGUUAUGUCCCACUUUCUUCUCCUCAAUCCUCGUUAGCAUUUUCUCAGAAUCUCCCUGUCUGUCUCUCUAGAUCAUUAGAAAGAUGACAACAUAUGGAACAAUACCUGCAGAAUCACUCCCAUCAUCAAAACUGCGCAUUCUUUUGAACGCGAGAGAAAAGAUUGAAUCGAAUCUCGGUACAAGAAGGCCAUGGAGGGAAAUGAUGCAGCUGCAGUCCUUCAACCUUCCCACCACGUUCCACGAAACUGUUCAAAGUAUCAAAAUGAAUGCUGCAUACUUCCGAUACAACUAUGUCAUUAUCAUACUUGUCAUCCUCUUCCUCAGCUUGCUCUGGCAUCCCAUUUCAUUAAUAGUCUUUAUAAUCAUGAUGGCAGCAUGGCUGUUCCUAUAUUUUCUACGCGAGGGAGAUCCUUUGGUGGUUUUUGACAUUGUCAUGCAUGAUAAUGCUGUGAUGACAUUGUUGCUGACGGUUACUGUCAUGGUGCUUUUGUUUACAAAUGUAAGCGAUAACAUUAUUAUUGCUCUCUUUGUGGGGGUGGUGGUGGUUGUGGUUCAUGGCGCAAUUAGGAGUACUGAUGAUUUGAAAUACAUUGAGGAUGAAGAAGAAGGAUUUGGAUCGGUUGGAGUAUUACGCAGCGGGGAUAAUGCAGGCAUUGUGCCUCUUAAAAAUCCUGCAUCUUCUUCAUUUUCUGCCUCCUAGCAGUUUCCAAUGAUUUUAAUUCAAUUAAUCAGACAUUCUCAAAAGUUAUAAAGAAAAAGGAA